AUGCCCCGCUUCUCUGGAAAUACUGUGAUAAUCACCGGAUCCUCAAAUGGAAUCGGAAGAUCGGCAGCUCUUCUUUUUGCUCAAGACGGAGCAAAUGUUACAAUCACAGGAAGAAAUACAGAGAGACUUGAAGAAACCAGACAACUCAUUUUGAAAUCUGGAGUCUCAGAGAGUCAUCUGAAUUCUGUUGUGGCUGAUGUCACAACUUCUGAUGGACAGGAUUUGUUGGUCAAAUCCACUUUGGACAAAUUUGGAAAAAUUCAUAUUUUGGUGAACAACGCUGGAGCUGCUAUCCCAGACCCCAACGGGGUCUUUGGAACCGAUCAAGGUGUUGAUAUAUACCAUAAGACCAUGCAUUUAAACUUGCAAGCUGUAAUUGAGAUGACUCGAAAAGUUAAACCACAUUUGAUGGAAACCAAAGGAGAGAUCGUCAAUGUUUCGAGUAUUGUGGCUGGACCACAGGCGUCCCCCAAAUCCAUCUACUACGCAACUGCCAAAGCUGCACUUGAACAGUAUACCAGAUCCACUGCCAUCGAUCUUAUUCAACACGGAAUCAGGGUCAAUUUGGUGCGUCCUGGAAUUGUGGAAACUGGAUUUAUGACGGCUAUGGGGAUGCCGGAUGAAGGAGCAAAGAAGUGCUACAACUUUCUCGCCGAUCGCAAAGAAUGCAUCCCAGUGGGUGUAGCUGGCAAGCCUGAAGACAUUGCGAAUAUCAUUUUAUUCCUUGCUGAUCGUAAAUUGUCUUCGUAUAUCAUUGGCCAAUCGAUUGUAGCCGAUGGAGGAUCCACUUUGGUCAUGGGAAUGCAGUCUCAUAAUAUGAUGGACAUUUUUAAAUCCUAA